AUGACAGAUAGUGAAUCAGGACAAUUUAUAAAAGAUUUUAUCGCAUGGAGAUUGAACAAGAUUAAAGCGAUACUCAAUCCAAUUCCUGCUCAAUCGACGUUAACUGCCGAAGCCUAUGUUGCAUUGACAACUUUCAAAGAUGGCGCUGAUGUAGUUCAAGCAACAGCCGAUGCAUAUUUAGCUGAUCUCUCGACCUACCACCAAUCAGACUUGGCUCUGAAGGCAAUAAACAAAACAAGACCGUCUCUCUCUGCUGAUCUAACAGAGUUGAUCCAAGACACCAAAGUUGUCGAACUCUACAAAUCAUAUGCCCAACUUGCAUUGCUCCAAUCACUUCAAAGCACCACCGAGACCGAUGCCUACCGAUACAAGAUCAAGAUCAAUGUUGUUGAAGCAGAUCUGAAGAGCCUAACAUCGACCACAUUGUUCACCGACCAAACAAUGAAGCUUACUUUCCUGUCAAUGAAGACAACGGCACCACAAUUCUUCCCAUAUCUAGUGUAUGCCAAGAAUCUCAUUCCAAAAGUCAAGGAGUAUCUUUUGAAAACGGAAACUCUCAACAAAUGGAUUGAAGAUGCUGCAAACUUCCAGAUUGCCAACAAAGAUAACAAGGAUGAGGUUGACCAGAUUAGAUACAAUGAAUUGAAAACCAAAUUGGAUCUUUUAGAUCCAACAUUGGGUCUCUCCAAUGCAGUUCUUCCAAUGUAUAACUAUGGUUUAUUUGCAUACUAUACAACACACAAUAUCAAAGAUACACCACUCAAUCGAAAGAUUUUCCUCGCCAAUAUCACCAGACAGUUAAACAAUAUCGCCAAGAAUCCCAAGAAUGAAUUCUACUCUGUUGUUUCCUCAUUGAAAGCCAAUAGCGGUGGUUUGGUUAGUAUUGCACAUAAACUUUCAUCAGGUUUCUUUACCUUUAUGAAUAAAGAAUCGAUAAAAGCUGCAGAACUUUCUUCGAAUCAUGUAUUCACCGUGGAAGAUGUCAAAUUGAUUACCAAAAUGAAUGAUCUCGGAAAAGCAACCGAAGCAUACUCAAUGAUGAAAAACAAUGCAGUUUUCUUCAAGUUUGCCAAUGGUCUAUUGUUCAGUUGUCAACUCGCAGCCAUUGCCUAUGGUUUUAUGAACUAUGAUAAACUUACGACUUUUGACAAAGCACUUCUAUAUACUGGUACUGGUCUGUCAGUUGUACAUGUCGCUACAUCAGUUGUUGGAAAGAAGAUCUUUUAUUAUAUGGCCACAGAGAUAUCGUACUAUCUCAAAAGAUAUGCCGAUAUUGCCAUUGUCAAAAGUAUCUCACUGGUAAUGGAAGCUUUACCAAAGAUUAUCACCAAGACGAUCAUGCAGUUGGCAUCCAAAUUGACGCCGGUAUUCCUUCUCAUCUCAAUUGGAUUCUCAUUGUAUGAUGCUUUCACCAGCGCCAAGGAAGGCAACUGGGGAGUAUUCGUUCUAUCGCUUCUCGAAGUAGCAGCAGCAGUUGGAUAUGGACUUUGUCUUAUUUUCGCAACAACCUGUUGGGCUGGACCAUUAUCAUUGAUCUUGGGUGGUGUUCUCAUCGUUUUGGCGCUUGUCAAAGUUCUCUGGUCAUUCUUGGCUUCACUUUUCACUGGUGACCCCGUCAUUAACUAUAUCAAUUCAGUUGAUUCCAAAUAUGUCUACACUGAAAAAGAAGAAUUCGAUCUCCAAUGGGUAGCACAACAUGGAGCUGGCUCCAUAGGAACACCAGAGUAUUUAAAACAAUACCUGUUUGAAUUUGAUUUCGAAGCCUAUAUUAGAAGAUAUAAUCCAUAG